AUGAUGCCCAGAGCCCCCUAUGGAGCUUCAGACCCACGGGGCUCCAUUCAGAUGCAUAACCAACAGUUUCAGACCCACCCCUUUCAGCACCUUCAGUAUCCUCAGAAGCCUCAAGAACACCAUCAGCAGGCCCAGCACCAUGAUCCCGGGGGUCUCCCUCAUUCCAGCGGGCAACAGCUCCACGGCCCCAAGCAGCCGCAAGUUCCCCAGAUGGUGGAUUACCCCAGGUGCGAUCAUGGCGGAAACCAGGGAAGCGACGAGGAGGAGCCCAGCGAGGACCACUCCAACGCCCUCGAUAAUCGGUGCCAGGGGAAGACGUCCACGGCGUGGCACAGGAUGAAGUGGACCGACGCCAUGGUCAGGCUUCUGAUAACGAUCGUCUCCUACAUCGGCGAGGAUGCUGUUUGCGAAAACUAUGGCGGCGGCGGCGGUGCGAGGAGGAAGCUCUCGCUGCUGCAGAAGAAGGGGAAGUGGAAAUCGGUGUCCAAGGUCAUGGCCGAGAGGGGCUUCUUCGUGUCGCCUCAGCAGUGCGAGGACAAGUUCAAUGACCUGAACAAGAGGUACAAGCGUCUCACGGACAUCCUCGGGAGGGGAACCUCUUGCAGAGUGGUGGAGUCGCCGGCGUUGCUGGACAUGAUGGACCAUCUGUCCGAGAAGGCCAAGGACGACGUCAGGAAGAUACUGAGCUCCAAGCAUCUCUUCUACGAGGAGAUGUGCUCCUACCACAACGGCAACCGGCUCCACCUUCCAACUGACCCUUCGAUCCAGCGAUCACUGCAGCUGGCUCUGAGGAGCGGCGACGACCAUGAGCUUGCCCGAGGAUCGCACGACGAUGAUGGAGAGGAAGUCGAUCGGGGAAUGGAUACAGAUGGCAGAGACGAGGAGGGAGAGAACCUCGAGGCCUUCCAUGGUGAGCUGGCCAUGGGAGGAGGAGGAGCAGGAUUCUUCUUCCCCAAGAGGGUGAAGCGUGAUGUGGAGGCAGAGGAAAUGGACUACUCUAGCAGGCCCGAUUCUCAGGCGGCUUCUUUCGAUCUGACCCAGAUGUUUCCUGAAGGAUCUGAAGCCGCAAGAGUGCAGGACCAGCUGAUGCGGUCUCGGGCUCUCCAGUUGCAGGAGCAGCAGCUACAAAUCCAGGCUCAGAUGACGGAGCUGGAGAGGCAGCGGGCCAGGUGGAGGCAGCUGAGCAAGCGCAAGGACAGGGACGUCGACAGGCUCCGGGUGGAGAACGAGAAGAUGAGGCUUGAGAACGAGCAGCUGACCCUGCAGCUCAAGUACAGAGAGUUGAAGAACAACAACUCACUUCCAUCUUGA